CAGGGCCACGCCACAGUGCCCAGUGCACGCGACGGGACAGGACGCGGCAGAGCGGUGCUGUGAGGAGCCCCCGCACAGCGCACUCGUUUGUGUCGGACCCGGAGCUUUUCUGAGCCGUUAUUCCUACAGGUGACCUCGAGGCCAGACCACAGGACUUGCUGACCUGUGGCCUUGCCAAGGCUUCUUUUCUUAAGGUUCUCUUGAGGGCAGAUUGUGGGACUUGGUGACCCGGAGCUUUUCUGAGGCAUCGCCCAUCCCUGCAGUCACUGCCCUUGAAACCAGACCACAAUCCUUGACGAGGAGCCUCCUGUCCUUGUGGCAGGAGCCCUCAAGACCCAAGUGCAGGACUUGUUGUCCUGCUGUCUUGCCAGGACUUCAGUCUUGCAGGUGCCUUCCAGGCACGACUGCAGGACUUGCUGACUUGAGCUUUCCCAAGCCAUCUCUCCUGCAAGUAGCCAUAAAUCCAGUCCCUGCCAUGGAGCAGCGACCCCCAAGAGUGCCCAAGCUGGCCUGGGUUGAGGAGGAGGAAGGAGAAGGCCCUGGAGCUGUCCCAGCACAGGAGAUUGAAGAGGUGCAGGAGUUCCAGGCACCACAGGAGGGAUGGGAGAGUCCUGAAGAAGAUAUGGAGCAGCGACCCCCAAGAGUGCCCAAGCUGGCCUGGGUGGAGGAGGAGGAAGAGGAAGAAGGCCCUGGAGCUGCCCCAGCACCAGAGACUGAAGAGGUGCAGCAGUUCCAGCCGCUGGAGGAGGAUGCAGCCAUGGACCAGACACAAGAGCAGGAGCCUGCCCGUGGCCUCUUCCACAGAACAGCGCAGCUGGUUUGCAACUUCAUCAAGAGAAUUCGGGAGGAAGGGACCAGUGCCAUGGCCACUGGGGUCAGACCUUAUUCGUACAUCUUCAACACCAAGGCCACUGCUGCCCUGCUGGAUAUGCUUGUAGAGGAGGGUUUUUACAGUCAAAAGCAAGUGCCUGCCAUGGUGAGGUACAUCCACCAGUGGCUCAUGGCCAAUCAGUUCUCUGAGCACAGGCUGAACAGGACCCUGCUGGAUCUGAGCGAGGCACAGCCCACUGACGUGGUCAUUGCUCUCCUGCGUGUGGCCCCAACGUGUGACAGAGCUGCUAUGACCAUGUGGAAGACGAUCUUGUGCUCGCCCAGGACAGCGGAGCAGGCAUACCUGAUAGUCCUCGAUGUGCUGGGGAACUGGCCAGAGCACAGCACGUGCACCUCUGAUGGGGACAACACGGGUGUCUUUGCCCUGGCUGCAACUGUGCUGAUGUGGAAGAUCCUUCAGAUGCCCUGCGUCCCACAUGUAGUGACAGUGCAUUUCCCCCGCCUCUUUGUGCAUCUGCUCUUCCAAGUGUUCUUCAGCACUUUGGAGAUGCCAGAGGAUCUCAAUGCCUUCUGGAAGGGAUGCCAGGAGCAACACGGCCUUGCCAUCAGCCCCAACAGCUUUGCAGUGCAGGCCCUGAAGUCCCUGCUCUGCCAAAUGCAUCGUGAGGAAGUGGUGGUGGAAAUGGAACACAAGCGUGGCUGGGACAAGCUGCUCAGUGCUGACACCCACCACUAUGCCGUGGGUCUGCUGGCCAGGGAGAUGUCGUCUGCCUCUAUCCCCUUGUGUUCCCGCAUUGUUCCCUACCUGCUCCAGCUGCUCAGCACACAGGAGGCACGCUGGGAUCUGCCUGCCCUGGCAUUCCUUGUGGAGAUCCUGGACUACCUGGACUUGAGCGAACGCAGUGCUAACAGAGUCCUGGAAAUCUUCUCAAGGCACCUGAGUAGCGAGAGCAGGGACAAGCGUCACCUGGCACUCAGGGCCCUUUUCAAGUUGAUUGAUGAUCCCUCGAUGGCUGAAAAAAUGCAGAGCCUGACUGAAAGUCUUGUGGAGCUCCUGUGGGAUGCAGAUGGAGAGAUAGUUAGGAAGGCAAUCAUGGUGCUCAGCUUUAUAGUUUUGGACAAGGACAUGCUGAUACCCAGCCACAUGGCUCUGCAGCUGGCUGAGGCACUCCUGCCACUCUUUGACCAUGAUAAUAGCCAGGUGCAGCUGGUGUCCAUAUUAUUCUUCCGAUCGCUGAUGACUGUUCUAACGGAAAAGGAAAAAAAGGCCCUGAAGUCACACGUGCACCAGAGCCUGCUGCCACUCUUCUUCCACUGCCAUGACGAGAACCAGCAGGUGGCGGAGGCUUCUUGGGCAACGCUGCUUUGUGCGGCUGAGUUCCUGAAGAGGAGAGAUCUGGAAAGACCAGUGAAGAAGAAGAAGCUGUGGAUGAUCACCGAGUGCCUGGUAAGGACGGCUUGGAAGGCCCAGCCUCAGCCUGGAGAAGCCCCCUGUCUCCGGCGCUCGGUUUGUGGGGCUGGCAGCUGUGCCCCUGCCCAGUGCCGCAGCCGGCCACACGGCUUCUUCUCCAGGCUCCCGUGGCCCCGAGCCGGGUGCCAAUGGAGCCCCACACUGGGGCUGCGGGCAGGGGCGGCACCGCGGCUCCCCGGGCAGCAGCCGGCCCUCUGCCCCCUCCAGAGCCCGGCGCCAGCGGCUGCUGGCCGGGCCUCAGGGCUGGGCGGGCACGGGAGGCCGGGGCUGGCCGCAG